UAUUAUACAAUACGUAUCAUAUCAAGUGAUAUAUAAAUAUACAAAUAUCAAUAGUUGAUACGCAAACAUUUCAAACAACUACAAAGAAAAAUGGAUUUCAAAAGCUUAUGGUUUUCUUCCAUCUUCAUUGCUCUUUUCAUCAUUUAUUUGGUACCAUUUGCAACAUCUCAAGAAGUUGAUGAUGAACACGAGUUUACGUACGAUGUAAACAGUCCAAAUGGACCACUACAUUGGGGAGAGAUCCAUUCUGAAUGGAGCAUGUGUAAUCAAGGAGAUUUGCAGUCACCAAUUGAUCUUUCUCAUAAAAGGGUUCAAAUAACUUCACAACUUGGAAGGCUUAAUCGAGAUUACAAAUCUGCUAACUCGACUCUUAUCAACCGAGGCCACGAUAUGAUGUUGAAAUGGAUCGGGGGAGCAGGACAUAUUCGUAUAAACGAAACCGAGUAUCAGCUAAACCAGCUUCAUUGGCACGCUCCUUCUGAGCACACGAUCAAUGGCCGAAGGUUCAAUCUGGAGUUACACUUGGUUCAUCAAAGUACAGAUGGGAAAAUUGCAGUGAUUGGAAUCAUGUACAAGAUUGGUCGUCCUGAUUCUCUUUUGUCAAUGAUGGAACCACAUUUUAAAGCAUCGGCUUCUACAAAAGGAGUGGAAACAAGCGUGGGAAUUCUUGAUCCACGACAAAUAAAAAUCGGGAGCAGAAAAUAUUAUAGAUAUAUGGGCUCACUAACCACUCCUCCGUGCACCCAAAAUGUUAUUUGGACCAUUGUCAAAAAGGUGAGAACGGCUUCACGAGAACAAUUGCAUACAAUCCGCGAAGCUGUUCAUGACGAUGCGGAAGUUAAUGCACGGCCGAUUCAACCUCUGAAUAAUCGUUGGUUGAAGCUUUAUAGACCGGACGAUCCUCAAAAUAUAUAACCAAGUGUUUUGCUCAAGUUUAUCAAAUUUUUAGCUCAUUUAUUUGAUUUAUUCGGCAUGAUUAUUUGUAUAAAUAUUGAUGUAUAAAUAAGAGAUUUGUUUUAUUUUGGUUUA